AUGUGGCGUUUUGCAGUUCUUUACAGUUUAGCCAAAUCAAUUGGUAGAUUUCCGGGUAUUUCAUAUACAAAUACAUGGACAUGUGAAAAACUUAACAGUCCGCGAGAAAUUGAAAAUACUUUUCCCGUUUUUCAUGCAGUCAGAUAUUUUUUUGAUGUUGAGGGAAUUGAUAAUUCUUUUUAUGAUAGAACAUUUGAAGAUGAUUGUUGUAAAUAUUAUAAUCCAAAGUUUGUUAGAAAAAAUAAAAGAAAAUAUUUUUUAAAUUUUUUUAGAAUAUUAAAUAAAUAUAUAUCAAAGUAUUUAAUAAUAGCACCCCCGCCUCAAUCACCAAAAUAUUUUGAUAAAAUUGAGAAUGAAAUUAAAGAAUUAUUUACAUUUUCAAAAAGUGUUCAAAGAAGGGUUGACAAACGAAUUGAAAAUUUAUUUAAAGAUGAUAACUCCCACAAAUUUUGUGUAUUUACUCGCCGUGGCGAUUUUACUAAGCCAGAAUGGAAAAAAUGGCACAAAGCUACUGAUAAAGAAUUUACAGAGAAAGCAAUAGAAUUUAUUAUAGAAAACGAAUUACAGGUAUAUAAAAAGGAUGUUGAGGAAAAAAUCAAAAUAUUUAAUAAUAGUUUCGGGUAGGGGUAAGUAUGCAAUGAUG